AUGCAGCAGCCGAAAUCCACCAAGUACCGCAAGGCCCACAAGGGCCGCAUCCAUGGCCAUGCCAAGGGCGGGACGCAGCUCAAUUUCGGCGCCUACGGACUGAAGGCGAUCACGCCGGGCCGGAUGACGGCGCGCGAGAUCGAGGCCGGGCGGCGUACGAUCACCCGGCACAUGAAGCGUGCCGGCAGGAUCUGGAUCCGCGUGUUCCCGGACGUGCCCGUCUCCACCAAGCCCGCCGAGGUCCGCAUGGGCAAGGGCAAGGGCUCGCCGGAGUACUGGGUUGCGCGGGUCAAGCCCGGGCGCAUCAUGUUCGAGGUCGACGGUGUGCCGCGCGCGGUGGCGGAAGAGGCCUUCCGGCGUGCGUCCGCAAAGUUCAGGGUGCGCACCAAGCUGAUCACGCGGCUCGGCGAAGGGGCGACGUGA